CAAGAAUUUUUAUCUUAUUAAAAUAAAAAAAAUAAAAAAAAAAGUAGCAGCAACAAUUUUGUGUAUUUACUAUUUGGCACCAUCACAGUUUCUCAGCGUCAGCUCAGCCAUGGCCGAUGACUUUGAGUUUGCCGAUAAAGUUCCUCCUUCCUUCGACCGCGUGAAUGCUGGAUCACAAGGGUUCAACCCAGGCUUAAUAGUUCUGCUGGUGGUUGGUGGGUUGCUUUUGACAUUCCUCAUUGGAAAUUAUGCGCUCUACAUGUAUGCACAGAAGACCAUUCCUCCUAGAAAAAAGAAGCCAAUCUCAAAAAAGAAGAUGAAAAAGGAGAGACUCAGGCAAGGCGUCUCUGCACCCGGAGAAUAGAGACUCUGUACUCAAAUGUUCUGUGGAAUAUGGAUUACCUCGUGCUCACCCAAAAACAAAUUUUCACUCUGUGGUGUUCUUAGUUAAUUUUCAUGUUUCUUUUCGGUAUGCUAAUGACAGAAAGCUUAACAUUAAUCAGUUCUUUAGAAAUAUAUUUUGCUGUUUAAAUCAUCA